AUGAUUGAGCCCAUUGCUGUCGUCGGGUCUUCCUGUCGCUUCCCAGGCGGCGCUUCAUCUCCGUCCAAGCUGUGGCAACUGCUUAAGAAUCCGAAAGACGUUCUUUCCACCAUACCCAAGGACCGUCUCGGCCUAGGGGCCUUUUACCAUGAAGAUGGCGAGCAUCAUGGAUCUACCAACGUUGUCGCCAAGGGAUAUCUGCUUGAGGAAGACCUGCGAUUAUUUGAUGCCCCAUUCUUCAAUAUCAAUCCGAUGGAAGCCGACGCAAUGGACCCUCAACAGCGUCUGCUGCUUGAAACCGUCUACGAAUGCAUCGAGAGCGCUGGAUAUCCUCUCGACCAGCUGCAAGGAAGCGCAACGUCGGUAUAUGUGGGCUGCAUGACGAACGAUUACCGUGACAUUCAAGGACGAGAUUUGGAGACUAUCAAUCGCUACCAUGGAACGGGCUCCUGUUUUAGCAUUCUCUCCAAUCGAAUCAGUUACUUCUUCGAUCUUCGAGGCCCUUCAGUCACGCUGGAUACUGCAUGCUCAUCGUCUCUGGCCGCACUCCACUUUGCCGUGCAGAGUUUGCGAAAUGGCGAAUCAACUAGUUCAAUUGUCGGAGGCGUGAAUCUAAUCUUCGACUAUACUCCAUAUAUUUCAGAGUCAAAACUACACAUGCUGUCGCCAACAUCACGAAGCUCCAUGUGGGAUGCGUCUGCCGACGGGUAUGCGCGUGGGGAGGGCGUGUCCGCAUUGAUGUUGAAAACACUUUCUCAAGCCCUGGCACAUGGCGAUCACAUCGAAUGCAUCAUCCGCGAGACGGGAAUGGGACAAGAUGGGAGGACGACAGGAAUGACGAUGCCAAGUGGCGAAGCGCAAGCUUCUCUUAUUCGCGAGACAUAUGCUCGCGCCGGCCUCGACCUUCGACGCAAAAGCGAUCGACCACAGUAUUUUGAGGCACACGGCACUGGAACUAUGGCUGGUGAUCCACAGGAGGCUCGUGGCAUUUACGAUGCAUUUUUCAAGUACGAUAAGAAUGACGAUUCCGACGGCGACAUUGACGAGAAGCUAUUCUGUGGAUCGAUCAAGACUGUCAUAGGUCAUCUUGAGGGUUGUGCUGGCCUGGCUGGCCUCCUGAAAGCAUCAUUGGCGGUGCAACAUGGAACCAUUCCGCCUAACCUGCUCUUCCGGAGCUUGAAUCCAGACAUCGCGCCGUACUAUCAUCGUCUGGAAGUUCCUACAAACGCAAUGCCGUGGCCUUCAGGAUCGUUUCCACGUCGUGCGAGUUUGAACAGCUUUGGAUUUGGUGGUACCAACUGUCACGCAAUCAUUGAGCAGUAUAUACCCUCUUCUGCUCCCUAUGCCUCAACACCUGAGCCAACGCCCAACGGACAAGAUUUCUUCGCUGGGCCAUUGCUGCUUUCAGCAUCCACUGGAGCGUCUCUUGCUGCAAACAUCAACGGCUUGGCAGACAUGCUGGAGAUGCAAAGCGAGGACGUAAGCAGCAAUCCCGUCAGCAUAGAAGACCUUGCCUUUUUCACACAAAGCCGUCGAACAACACUCCCACAGCGCAUAUCGUUCUCGGGAGGUAGAUCUAGAAAGUCGUUGAUCGAUGCACUGCGAUCGUCGACAACCGGCGUGGCCUCCGAGAACGUUGGCGUUCGAGCUCCUACGAAGCUGAAAUGGCACAACCCUGGAAUUCUUGGUAUCUUCACAGGUCAAGGCGCACAAUGGGCGACAAUGGGCCGCGAUCUGGCGAGCAAGUGCUAUACAUUCAAGAAAAGUCUCCAGACUUGCGAAGCUGCUCUUGCAUCACUUCCUGAUGCGCCGACUUGGUCACUCACGCAAGAACUUGCUAAAGAGCAAUCGGAAUCGCGCCUCAACGAAGCAGCCCUUGCACAGCCUCUCUGUACGGCGAUUCAGAUCGCUUUGGUGGACACUCUGGCGGCUGCCGGUAUAUCAUUCCGCGGCGUUGUGGGUCACUCAUCCGGCGAAAUCGCUGCUACUUAUGCCGCCGGCCUGCUGUCCGCCGAAGAUGCCAUGCGAGUGGCCUUCUAUCGAGGCCUCCACGCCCACCUAGCGCAAGGAGAACGAGGUCAAAGUGGAGCCAUGUUGGCGGUUGGCUUGGGCAUCGACGAUGCUGAGGCUUUCUGCUUGGACUUUGGCAGCCGUCUGAGCGUCGCAGCCAGCAACUCUCCUACAUCGACCACACUCUCUGGCGAUGAAGAUGCGGUGCUGUCAGCCAAGGAGUUGUUGGACGAGCGAAAGACCUUUGCCAGACUGCUGAAAGUUGACACAGCCUAUCAUUCGGCCCAUAUGCUCCCCUGCGCCGCGCCUUAUCUGGCUUCGCUGAGAGCAUGUAAUAUUCAAGUGCGACCUCAGAACAAUGAAUGCAUCUGGAUCUCCUCAGUCCAUGGUCAUGCUGAGCUGUUAGACGACCCGGCGGAUCUUGAAGUACUGGCUGAUGAAUAUUGGGUUUCCAAUAUGUGUCAGCCAGUUCUGUUCUCUGAUGCCGUCGAGUGCUCUUUAUGGCGUGCUGGACCAUUUGAUCUUGCGGUCGAAGUGGGUGCUCACCCUGCAUUGAAGGGUCCUGCAACACAGACCAUCACGACAGCCUUGGGUCCGAAUGCGCUACUUCCGUAUGUGGCCACUCUGCAACGCGGCCAAAACGACGUUUCAGCAUUCUCUGCUUCGCUCGGGUCCUUAUGGACUACUCUCGGCAAUUGGGUGGAUCUGGACGGCUGGAGGCGAGGAUACCUAGGGCCUGGCUCUGGGGCCUUCGCUCCGGUUGUCAAGUCAAUACCAAGUUACAGCUGGUCACACAACCAGAUUUUCUGGAAGGAGAGUCGCUUGUCCAGCCGAUACCGCCUGGCAGACCGACGACCGCACGAGCUACUUGGUAGACGAGUCGCUGAUGACUCAGACAACGAAAUGCGCUGGCGGAACGUUUUGAAAGUCAGCGAAUUGCCGUGGACAAGGGGUCAUGUCUUCGAAAACGCAAUACUUUUCCCCACCGUAGGCUACGUGGCUUUGGCUGUCCAAGCAGCAGCAGAGAUUGCUGGCCUUGAUCGGAUCAAACUAGUCGAGGUCCACGACUUGGUCAUUCCUCGUGCCUUGGUGCUUGAGGAUAACCACGCCGGGGUGGAGAUAGUAUUCUCUGUGCGGCGUCGACAACCAGCAAGCCAUGACGCCUUGACUGUCGACACAGAUUUUGCUUGCCAUUCGAGCGUUCAGGGUGGCGCUCUGGAGAAGAACGCCAGCGGACGCCUCAUCAUCGAGCUGUUCUCCUCUAAUGAUGAGGAAGAUCACCUUGGUGAUGUGAAUCUAUUGCCAGAACGCCGGCCAUGUCGUUCCGGGACGACGUCAAUCGAAGGUGAAGCAUAUUACCAGGCCAUCCUCAAGACCACUGGAUUGAACUACACUGGAAUCUUCCGAGGUAUGAAACACAUUCGUCGAACGCUCGGCUUCUCCAGCGCCCGGGCAUCGUGGCCAGCCGAAGAUGUGGGAGAUCAAUACAUCGCUCACCCAGGCCUGCUGGAUGUUGCACUACAGGCGCUCUUGGCAGCGAAGAUGAACCCUGCCCGCAUCCCCAUGCAAGGGUCAUUUUUGCCUUCGGCAAUGUCUCGCAUGGUAUUCAAUCCUCACGCCCGUAGUCUCUCUGACGAUGGCACGGAAGUGGUGUUUGAGACAGACUGCGUCCUGACGAAGAACAAUGCUCGCUCUUUCGUAGGCGACCUUCAUGUCUUUGGACCCUCGGCGGAAUGCAUACUGCAAAUUGAGGGCUUCCGGAUGGAUAACUGGAAGCAGCUGAGUGCGAAACAAGAUCGCCCGGUGUUCUCUCAUUUGGACUACCAACCAGACCUGUUCCAUGCUAAUGGCAACAACCUUCCUGAGCUCCAUCCAGACGCGGCCGAACAGAAACUCAUUGAAGCAAUCAACAGAUCAUGCCUGUACUAUCUACGCACUUACUUCUCUUCGGUCUCCGAUGCGCAGGUCGCUAGCUGGACCUGGGAUCGUCAGGCAUUCUAUAAUUCAGUAAAACUCGUCUUGCAGCAUACAUCGAACGGCACGCAUCCAAACUUACAGAAAUCUUGGCUCGACGACACGGCUGAUCUGAUGGAGAGCUACAAGCAGACGCCAGCCUUCAAAGAUCAAAUCGACAUGAGAGCUGUGCACGUGGCGGGCGAACACCUGGCCAAUGUCAUGGCAGGGGAGGAGAGGCCGCUGGAAGUCUACCUGCGCGAGAAUGUCUGGGCAAAGCUAUACUCGCAUGGCCGCUAUCAAUUACGGCUGAAUCAGACCAUUGCUGACCUUGUCCGCACCUUCUCCCACCGAUAUCCACGUGCGAGAUAUUGUGAGGUUGGUGGUGGCAGUGGGGGCACAACGCAGAGUAUACUCAGCGCUCUUGGAGAUGCUGUUGGCCAGUACACCUUCACAGACGUCUCGGCAGGCUUCUUCGAGACGACGCGAGAGCGCUUAGCCCAUACAGACGCUGCAGCCGCAGGUCGAGUGGUGUACAAAGUCUUCGACGUGGAGCGAGAUCCUGUCGAGCAAGGAUUCGAGGCUGAGUCCCAAGAUGUGGUUAUUGCCGCAAAUGUGCUCCACGCCACGAGCGACCUGACCAAGGCGGUGCAGAAUGUACGCCGCAUACUGAAGCCCGGAGGAUACUUAUUCAUGCUGGAGGUGACGGGGGAAUUCCUCGAAGGGCUAUUGCUCAUGGGUCCUCUAGAAGGCUGGUGGCUCGGAAAUCGCGAGGGAACGGCCAGCCAGCCUGGAUUGUCACUUCAAGGAUGGGACGACCUCUUCCGAUCAACAGGCUUCACGGGCGUUGACCAGCAUCAGAGUGAUGUCCCGGACCUGGAUACGCACGCAAUCUCAGUGGUCGUCACGCAGGCGACCGAUUCGCGGGUGGAGAUUCUUCGCGAGCCUUUGGAAUUCUUGGACGACUUGCCGCUGAGUGAUCAAGUGUUGAUCAUCGGAGGACAAUCCCUGGCUAUGGCAAAGACCGUUCGAAGCAUCGCGCAGUACGUAGCGCGCUUUGCGGGACGUGUCCAGGUUGUGCAGAGCAUUGACAAGAUUGAUCCCGACAUCCACACGACGGCUCCUACUGCUGUCAUUGCCCUGUGCGAUCUCGAGCGGCCCUUCUUCGCCGACGCCAUCACCGAGACACGGCUUCGGAAGGUUCAAGCUCUCUUUGCACAGGCUACGGAUAUGUUGUGGGUGACUCCGGGCCAUCUCGACGACCAUGACCCGCACGCAGCCAUGAUGGUCGGUCUUUGCCGGACGGUGGUGAUAGAAUUGGAGCAGCUCAAUCUUCAGUUCCUGAACAUGUCUGCGAAGGGCUCUCGGUCAGUGAAUGCUCGCCCGAUCGUUGAGGCGUUUGCUCGCCUUCAGCUCGGCGCUUCAGAGAACUUCCAGCUCCAGCCAGUUCUCUGGUCAAACGAGCCUGAGCUCACGCUUACGUCCGACGGUGAGGUGCUGAUUACACGCUUAAAGCCAGAUUCAGAGCGUAACAACCGGCUCAAUUCCGAUGGACGGCAUAUUAGCAAGGCGGUCGACUCCGUUGACGUGGCUAAGCACAAGUAUACUGCUGUGUCUCGCGAUGGCUCCAUCAAUGUCGAGCAAGCAGAGCCGUGGCUGCUUGGUGUAGGCCGUUGUCAGCAAGAAGUCGAAGGGGCCACUUCAAUUAGAACCCUCUAUUCUGUCACUUUGCCAUGGUCCUCCUCCACAGUCCUCGCCACAGGCUUGGAUAGCAAAGACCAACCCGUCCUCGUCCUCGCCAACGCCCAUUCCUCGAUGGUCUCCGCUGGUCCGACUUCGUCACUAGCGCUCGAGGCGACGACUCCAUGCAACGAACAGCACCUGAGAGCCUGCGCUCUUUCAGUGUUCGCUAGACAAGUCCAUGCCAACAUUCCUCCUAGUCGCACUUUACGAGGACACAAGGUGGUCAUCCAUGGCGCAUCCCCGGCUCUGGCUAAAGUUAUAGCGAAGCUUGCUACGGGUCAGUCGCAACUCGUGUUCACCCAGUCAACGGCCAAUGUCAAGUCGACCCAUGCUCAUGCCGUGCGCCUACAUCCUCGAGCAUCGACGUACAGCCUGCAGAGGUCUCUUCCUGCCAACAUCGGCUACGUUGUAGCACUUGACAGAGACGAUCCGGUCACCACUAAGCUGCUGUCAGUGUUCCCAGGCAUCACGUUCGACCUUGAUGCGCUCCUGCUAGAGGGGAAGAUCUUGCCGCUCGCAGAACUUGGUUCUGUGAUUUCGCAAACCCUAGCAGACAUGGAUGGUACCGUCGAGCAUAGAACAGCAAUAUCAGCACACCACUUGCCCGGUCUUCCAAGUGCUUCGCUUCAAUAUCCUGCUGUCAUCGAUUGGACCAUUCCUCAUGAAAGCUCGCUGCAGGUCACCAUCGGCCCAAUCCGCGGCCAAGGACUAUUCAACCCAAACAAAACAUAUUUCCUGGUUGGUCUUGUCUCAACCCUUGGUCGUUCGAUCUGCAGAUGGAUGGUUGAGAAUGGAGCGCGUCACAUUGCGUUGGCCAGUCGCAGCGCCAAUAUCGAUCCCCAAUGGCUUGAAGAAGUGUCUCAACUCGGAGCCAAGGUCAUGGUCUACCGCAUGGACGUUUCCGACAAGACCAGCGUACAACGGACUGUUGCCACCAUACGCGAUGAGAUGCCACCGAUUGUAGGCGUGGCAAAUGCCGCGCUCGUACUUCGAGACCGACUCUUCCUGGACAUGCAAGCUUCCGACAUGAAUGACGUUCUUGGGCCAAAAGUCAACGGUUCAUUGUACCUUCAUGAGGAAUUCAGUGACCCAACCCUCGAUUUCUUCAUCCUCUUCUCCACCCUGUCAUGUCUCAUUGGAAAUGCCGGCCAGUCUAAUUACGACGCCGCAUCUCUUUACCAAAUCUUUGCCGAAGCUGUGGCAGCAAGCCCUGUCCGGGAAGGCGAGAUCGUGACUUCGACUACCGCAGAGAUCGUAACCGGCAUGGGACCUUACGUGUACGACAGCAACACGCCUAGCGAAUCACAUCCUCAAUGGUACAAGAACAUUCUUGCCUCUCACUACGUUCGAGAGGAAAAAGUGUCCAGCAAUUUGGCCGGUGGAGCAGAUGCUGACCCCUUGUCGGUCGCUGCUCGCCUAGAAGCCUCGACGUCCGAAGGCACUGUCACUGCAGUUCUGACGCAAGCCCUGGCCAGUAGGGUGGAAAGAAUGCUCCAAAUGUCUCCAGGCAGUUUCAAGGCCGACGUCCCCUUGCUAGAUAUGGGCAUUGACUCGCUUCUUGCAGUCGAGUUGCGUACCUGGUUCUUGAAAGAGGUACACGUAGAUGUCCCCGUCCUCAAGCUCCUGAGUGGAGAAAGCGGCGAAUCCAUAUGUGCCUUUGCCGCAUCUCAGUACCUUGCGGAGAAGAGCAAGGUCAACAUAGAAGCAGAUCCUACAGACUCCGCGACCCCCGAGAAAGAUUCGGAUCGUGAUGGGAGGGCAAGCAUAUCAUCUUCGGAUGCCGAACGAUUGAACUCGUCGUCGGGUACUAGUGAUACUGGCGAUUCGGGUGUGGAGAUGAGGAUGAGCGACAGCGAAGCUGAGCACAAAGAGGAGGAAACAGAUGAUGUAGUACCAUCACCGCCGACUCUCAAGAGCACCGCGCCCAUGACCCACGCUCAGACGAGAAUGUGGAUUGCUGACCAAAUGUCAGCAGAUCACACCCGAAACAACAACAUCCUCAUAUAUGACGUGAAAGGUCACGUUCAUAUCGCUCGUCUUCGUCGUGCAGUCGCGACAGUCGUGGCUCACCAUCCGGGACUACAUACCUGUUUCUUCCAGGACGGCACGGAUGCACCACGGCAAGGCCUUCUCGAAACCCCUGUAGAGUGUUUCAAGCACAUUCCCGCGUCGACAGAAAGUCGCGAGGCCGUGAGAGCUACACAGAAUGAGCUACGUGCACGAAAGUGGCGCCUAGAGCAUGGUCAAGCUCUCGAGGUCGUGCUCAUUUCUCAUACGAGCAAUGAACAUACACUGCUGUUCGGUUAUCAUCAUAUCGCGAUGGAUGGCUCCUCUUGGCGCACGUUCUUUCGAGACCUACACAUGGCCUACACAGGUGUAGCUUUGCCGGCUCCUGGCAAAUCUACCAUCUCCCUUGCAAUCGAAGAGGCGACAGAUGAUACUAUCUCCGAUGGUCUGAGCACGUUUUGGUGUCAGCAGUUCUCAACGCUGCCUGAGCCCUUCCCCCUUCUCCCUUUCGCGUCUGUCAAAGCACGGCCAGCUCUGGAGCGACUCUCCAAUCAUACAGUCCUCGCCGAACUUGAUGGAGAGAUAGCCGACCGCAUCAACAUCAUCAGUCGAUCCCUUGGCGUUACAUCUGUUAAUCUGUACCUGGCAGCUGUGCAAGCUCUCCUCUCACGCCUCGCUGAGACGGACGAUAUCUGUAUCGGAGUCACAGACUCUGGUCGUGAUGCCGAGACUGCCGAGAGCAUGGGUUUCUUCGUCAAUAUGCUCCCUGUACGACUUCGAACAUCAACGUCGAGACUUUUCGGGGAACUGGUUCAACAAGUCAACGCGACAUAUCGUGAGGCACGGGCCCAUGCCAACGUACCCUUUGAUUCGAUUCUAGACAAGGUUGGCGUUCGACGUGAUCCAACAUGCACACCUCUCUUCCAGGUCGGCUUCGAUGUCCGUCCUGGACAGUCCGCUGCGAUGCCGCUCGGGAACUGUCAAUUGAAUAUCUGCGACUCUAUCGACUCGACCACGCCAUACGAUAUCACCUUCCUCGUCGUUCCGAUGCCUGUAUCUGGACCUUCUUUCGUUCAAGUCUUCACACGCGCAGAUCUCUACUCCCGGGAGGCCACUGAGCUCCUGGCACAAAUGUACAUCACACUUUUGAGCAACGCGAUUCACCAGUCCGUGGUCGACUUUCCUCUCGAGAAUCUUCAGAUCUAUCCUCGCGCUAUGGUCCAGAAAGCCCUCGAACAUGGUAAGCCCGAUCGCAAAGCCUUUGCUGAUUGGCCAUCGACCAUAACAGCAAGAUUCGAUCAAAUCCUGACCGUCCAUUCCACUUCCACGGCUGUGAAGGAUCUCUCUGGCUCCUUGACCUAUGCUGAAUUGGCCCAUGCCAUCAUGUCCUUGGCUGUCCGCAUCCUUCCCUACCGAGGCCGUCGCAUUGCUGUCAUCUGUGAGCCCCUGCGGGAGUGGGCAAUCAGUAUGCUCGCCAUUCACCGAGUCGGUGCAACAUUUGUUCCACUGGAUGCAACACUCCCUCCCGCGAGGCUUGUAGCCAUGCUGCGGGCAUCUGAGGCCGACGUAGUCCUGUGCCAUACCGCAACCAGUGUGCUUGCCUCUCAAGUGGUGUCUGAUUCUGGCUCAAAGGCUCAACCACUUUUACUAGAGGACACACCGAUGUUGUGCGACCCAGCUCAAGUGGUGGACAAUUUGGAGAAAGCAUUGACGCCGUCUACAAUCAUCUGCACAAGUGGAACGACUGGUGCACCCAAGGCCAUCUUGCUUACCGCUCGUGGUCUGCUCAAUUGGGUUGCCAAUCAACAUGACCUGCUGGGUGUCAAGAAGGGCGAGGUUGUACUUCAGCAGAGCAAUCUCGGGUUCGACAUGGCUAUUGCACAGCUUUUGUUGGCCUUCUGCCACGGAGGGACACUGAUUAUCGCUCCGCAGGCAAGCCGUGGAGACCCGGUGGCUUUGACCAAUUUGAUGGUGAAGGAGAACGUCGGCCUGACCAUCGCUACUCCAACCGAGUAUCUUAUGUGGCUAUGUUACAGCGGCGACGUUCCGUCUCGUAUCAGUCACUGGCGUUUAGCAAUAUGUGGUGGAGAAAAACUUCCGUCCACCCUUCGCAGAGAAUUUGAGGCCCUCCCUCACCGUCCACGUUUCACCGACUGUUACGGACCAGCUGAGACCACCAUUUGCUGCACGAUGCCUCAUGACACAGGCAGGCCUGCCGAGGAUCCGCUCACAAUAGGCGCAACAUCAAUCGGCCGCCCUCUUGCUAACGUUGGUAUUUUCAUCAUCGACUCUCAAGGUCACAUCUGUCCACCAGGCAUUCCUGGAGAAAUCAGCAUCACGGGAGAUGCGCUCGCUCUUGGCUAUGUGGAUCCAAUCGCUACUGCGAAGGCCUUUGUCGACAGCCGUAGCUACACCAUUGACUCCCGGGAAGGCAUCAGGCUUGAAGAAGGAACAAUGUACAAGAGCGGCGAUCGUGGCGUUUGGCGCUCUGACGGCACUCUUGGCUUCUUGGGUCGACUAAGCAACGACACGGUUGUGAAGAUACGAGGUAUCCGGGUCGACUUGAGUGAUGUUGAACACGCCAUCCUAUCUCAAGGCUCGCAUCUCAUUUCUGACGCUGUCGUCACUUUACAUCAGGACAACGAUGAUGUCCUUCUAGUGGCGCAUAUCAGCCCAGCUAUCAAGAACAAUGACGCGCUCGAGGCACCGCUCGAAGACUUCAUGCGACAGCUAGCGCUUCCGCGACACAUGAAGCCCACUCGCGUUGUGCUCUACACGAAAUUGCCAAUGAACGCAAAUGGUAAAGCGGACCGGGGAAUACUGGCUCGCACUCCACUGCCUCCACGGAAAGCCAGUGCUGAACAUCACGAGGGACCUGCUGCUGGCAUGGCGAUGCUGAAGCAGGUGGAGCUGCAUCUGCUAUGGCAACGCGCUCUUGGUCGUACGGACGUUCCUCGUCGUACGGACGUUGACUUCUUGGCCAUCGGAGGCUCAUCUCUGCACUUGGUGAAGCUCCAGGCAGCGAUUCGUACAGAUAUGCUCGUCACCCUAUCCAUUCGAGAUAUGUUCAUGCACAGCACGCUAGGAGGUAUGGCCGACUUGAUCACGAACCGCUCCGCCGACCAGUCUACUCCUGACCGAAUCGACUGGGACCAGGAGACAAGGCUCAGCGAAGAUAUGGUACUGGCAUUGAGAUGGCAACAUAUCAUGGACAGGUCGUCUCCCCGAGACACAUCCGAGGUCCUGUUGACUGGUGCAGAUAGCUUCCUUGGUGGCCACAUUCUGCGUGCUCUACUUCGCGAUCCCGCCAUCCAACGGGUUCACUGUCUCGCAGUGGAGUCAGUUCCCGCGGAUGUCGAUGCCCGGCGCGUUGCUGUGUACGAAAGCAGCCACAGUCUACGCCAACAGAAUCUUGGCUUGAGCGAAGAUAGCAUUUCCCGUCUCGUGGAAGGCGUGGACCGAAUCAUCAUCGCCGGAAGUACUGGCCACUGCUUGAACAACUACUUCUCACUCCGACAAACGAAUGUGGCCAGCACGAAACUCCUCGCCAAAUGGGCGGCUCGUCGCCGUGUGCCGCUCCACUACAUCUCUUCCAGCCGAGUGACACUGCUUCACGCAGACUCACAGGCCGCGCUCCCACCGAUCAGCGUGAAAGAGCACCAGCCACCGCUGGAUGGAUCGGAGGGCUACACGGCAUCCAAAUGGGCCAGCGAAGUCUUCCUCGAAGGCGUGGCAGAAGCAGCAGGAGGCGCAUUCCCCAUCACGAUCCAUCGUCCUUGUGCACUGCUCGGAGACGAAGCUCCUUCCGACGACGCGCUGAACGCCAUCCUCGAAUUCUCGGCCAGGAUGGCGGCAAUCCCUCGCGUCUCGCAAAUGGCCGUCCACGGAUUCUUCGAUUUCGCGCGCAUUGAGACCGUCUCGGCGGAUAUUGUGGGCGAUGUGCUUGCGCGGCCGCAGCCACAACAUCUUCGCUUCCGUCACUACAGCGGAGGGGUCAGAGUGCCGCCGAGCGAUUUCAAAGGCUAUAUGGAAGCAUUCUAUCAGAAGGAGUUUGUGGAGGUGGAGUUGGACGAAUGGCUGGCGAGGGCGUUGGAGUUGGGCAUUGAGCCGCUGAUUACGGUGUACUUGCGGGCGACGUAUGGGAGUGUUGGGAAUCGCAACAUCGUAUUUCCCUACAUGGGC